AUGGAUGUGCCUCAUUUAUUCAUACAAAAUCAGAAGGUAAAUGAAUUUAAUAAAAGGGUUCAUAAUGCAGCAACUGACAAAAAGUUUUCCAUUAAAGCAGUAGACAGUGUCAUAGGAGCAAACUCUGCUCAGCUUCGAGAUAAAAUUUUGAGUCAAAUACCAGAUGACCCAAGGAAAACAAAGCAAAUUGCUUCAAACCUUCAACUGUCAGUUGGAGAAAGAACUGAGAUAGCAUUAAAUGUACGUACUGAUGAUGGCAUGACUAAUGGUGCCAGUAAUGUUGUUAAGAAGAUACAACUUAACCAGAGAGAUAAACCAUCAGGAGUAAUAUGGGUACAGUUUGACCAUUCAGAUGUUGGUGAGAAAACCAGACAUGAAAAUAGAAAUCUUUAUGUUCAAGGUAUUGACUCAACAUGGACUCCAAUAAAACCAAUCACUACUCAAUUUGGUAUUGGCAGGAAUCAAACAGCACAAGUUGUAAGAAAACAGUUUCCACUAAGACCUGCUGCGGCUAAGACAAUUCAUCGUUCACAAGGAGACACAGAACAAAACAUUGUUGUCAAUUUUACUACAAGAAGAGCCAUACCUCAUAUACAUUAUGUUGGUUUAAGCAGGGUAACAACCAUUGAAGGUUUAUUUAUCACUGAUCUUUGUGAAGAAAAGAUAGCUGUCAAUCCUCAUGUUGCAGCUGAAAUGGAAAUGUUAAGGAAAGAACGUGCACUGAAACUUAGUGUCACUCCUAUUUAUCAGAUAAAUCAAGUCUCUUUUAAAUUAUGCUAUCUGAACACUCGAUCAUUGCACAAACAUAUUGAUGAUGUUCGACAUGAGCUAAAUUUUACAAACACUGACAUCAAUAUAUUCUCAGAAACACGAAUUAUGACCUCAGAUGAUAAUAUUAUGUAUGAAAUUGAUGGUUAUACUUUGUUCAGGAAUGAUGGUCACUGUUCAACAUCCAGACCAUUUGGUGGAAUGGCAGUUUUUAGCAGAGUUGAAUUUUUGCCUGGAUAUCCACGUUGUCGUAAUAUUAACGGCAUUGAGAUCACUAUUAUGAAAGUAAUGAUUUUUCCACAUGUUACCAUUAUAGGUAUAUAUCGAUCACCCAGAAUUCCAGUUCAGCAGCUGUUAGCAGCCUUAAGUGAGGUUUUGAUGUUAUCUACUUCUCAAUUUAACAUUUUCAUGGGUGACUUUAAUGUAAAUUGGUUGGAUGAAGUCAACAAAAGUCCUUUAUAUAAUUUCUUUAUUAACGAAAAUAACUACAGACAAUUGGUAGACAGUUUCACCACAGAUAAUAAGACGUUAAUAGAUCAUAUCUAUACAAAUCUACCAGAAUCACAAGCUAAGUCACACAUAUUAGAAACUUAUUUCUCUGAUCAUAAAGCAGUGUGUGCAUUGAUUAAUUGCUUCCAUUGAACUAAAGCUUAGUAGCUACAUUUUACCAAAUGUCUUGCCUCGGCUAGCAAUAAAACUGAGUUGCACUAUUAAGAGUUUAAAAACUUGGAGGGGGUGCUACUGCCUUCCCCGUUGUGCACAUUAUGUCUACCACUGAAUGUCAAUAGCAAGAACACCAGGUAAGUAAUUUUGCGUCCCCCACCCCCUCCCUCUUGCUGUAUUAUUGCAUGUUCUAUUACACUACUAAUUAUUUCACUCUAAGUUCUAACAUGAACAUUUUGGAUUUAUAGAUGAAUCAUGGAUAAACUGCAUAAUGGCCGGAUACCUUUGUCACAACUACAGCUGUACACCCUACUCCCAGAACAAUCUUAGUUUAAACUCAUUGGUACAGUACAUGUAUAUUUUCAAAAGAAGAUGUAAACAUCACAGCACGCAUGCUUUGUAAUGAGAUCCUUCCAAUGGCACACAAUGUACAAAUCUGAACAUAUUAUUCCAUAUAUCGAAAUAACUUUUGUUAAUGAUGAAUGGCCUCCAAUGUAUGACCUACUGUAUUGGCUACUACAAUUACUUGGAAUAAACACUUAAUUUGUGUUCCAUCAACCCUGGCAAUCACAUUCCUAAAUUAUAAUACUACCAUCAUAAUCUUGAUGUAAUCUAUCAACAACAUGGUUAAAAGGAUAUUUAAAACUGUCUGAGUGUGUAUUGGUAACACCUCAAUCCUCAUUGAAAUACCUGAUUAUAGCAUGUUAUUAACUAUCAAGAAGAUUAUGAAUCUAACACAUUUCAGCAACAACAUCAAGAAAUUGGAGAUUAAUAUCUUCGUUAUGUUAUGGAAUUGGUUUCUGCAAGUGGAGUUUAAAUCAGCCAUUUCAUGUUGUCAUCCGGCAUGUUGUAAAUCCAACCUCAUUUGACAAUUAAUAAUAAAACCUUGUUCAACUGUGUAUAAAAUAUGUUAAUUUGAGGGAUUAAAAAAAAUUAUUUUCAUUUUUGCGUCCAUUAUGCUCGGCAUUAAUUUUCAUUUUAAGUUUAAAAUAUAUUGACCUAAACAUCAAUUUCUUAUUCCUUUGAAGUUACAAGUUAAAUAAAUGCAUUUUGUAUGUCUGUAUAUGUAGAACUUAAAAAUACUUUGAGACCAAACUAGACCUUGUAGAAAUUAGGAUAUUAUUUCUUCAUUGCAAGUGGAUCUGUGCCAUGAGCAGAUACAUGCACGCUUUGCGUGCCUAUUUUUAAAUUUAAAGGCCACUUUACACACUACACAACUUUUGCUACACAACUAAACAGGCACACAAUUCACCUUGGAACUCUGUACGUAGUAAUAUUACUGAGCAUAAUAAUUGUAAAGACUUUAAAAGAAAUUUUUGUAAAUAUUUGCUUGAGCAUUUUCACUUAAAUCUUAAUUUAUUUUACUAUCAAUUUUAGACUGUAAAUAUUUAAUUGAAUAA